AUGUGGUGCGCUCGCACGGCCACUUUGUUGGCUUCGGCCUGCCUCGUUGGCGCUUUCUCUGCAAACGCCCUUUGGCCUCACCCAACCACCUACAAGUCAGGCAAAGACGACGCUUUUGUUCGCCUCUCUGGCGGCCUGCGCUUCCAGCUUGUUGAUGGUACCGACCAGUCGCGCGUCCCCGCCGACCUUAGCCAGGCUGUCACGGCUGCUGCUACGUUGGCCAACACGAUCGAUCUGUGGGAGCUCGCCCCUGACCGAGGCGAGAGUCACCGUGACAGCGUCAACAAGGCUUCCCUGAUUGCCAGCGUACAGAUCAAGGUGCUGGAAUUGAUGCCUGACACAACUCCUUGCCCUUGUUUCACCAAGGCAGAAGAGGAGAGUGACGCAGCUUCUCGGCUCAGAGCGUUGCAGCAGCCCUUCCAGGGCAGACGCUCGGCAGUCGAUGCGCCUCAGAUGCAAUUCAAGGAAGCAGUUGGUAACAACGCUACAGACGUCUGGAGCAACAAGUGCAGUAUCGCAAAUCACGCCAUCAAGGAGUUGAGCUACAACAGCUCGUCAAAGUCGCUCAACUUGGAGACGGACAAGAGCGCGCCUGCCGAUCUGGGUGUCCUCGAUGCCGAGAUGUAUCGACUCUCGAUUCCGUCCAACGGUGCCUCGAUCGAGCUCACCUCUUACACGUCUCUCGGUGCUCUUCGCGGACUGCAGACUUUGCUGCAGCUCAUCUAUGCUCUCCCUCCUCAGCAGGGAGGGAAAGCUCAGAGCCAGCGUUACAUUCGCAACGUGCCCAUCACAAUCGAAGAUCGCCCAGCUUACCCUUACCGAGGUCUGAUGCUCGACACUGCGCGCAAUUGGUUCGACAUUGCUACCAUUCACAAGCUCAUCGACACCAUGUCUUUUGUCAAGCUCAACCAGCUUCAUUGGCACGCUACCGAUACGCAGUCGUGGCCUUUGGCAUUUAACGACGAGGAUGGCUCUGAUUUGAGCAUCCUGUCCGAGAAGGGCUCGUACGGCUGGUUCAAGAGAGACAAUGGAGAGGUGGUGAGGAUGGUUUACACCGAAGAUGACAUCAAGGGCAUCGUCGAUUACGCCGCCGCAAAGGGUGUCAAUGUCAUUAUCGAGACGGAUAUGCCCGCACACAUGCUUUCGGGUGUUGAAGCCGUCGGCGCUGGAAGCCUGAUGGCAUGCCCCGAUCAGCUCGACUGGAUCGCAGUUUCUGCUGAACCUCCUUCGGGUCAGCUUCGACUGGUAUCCAACAGCUCUGCUCUUGACACCACCGAUGUCAAGACGUUCAAGAUCCCAGAGCCCAUCAGCAAAUUCGUCACCUCGCUUCUGCGCAAGACUUCUUCCCUUUCCAAGUCGUACUACGUCUCGUCGGGCGGAGACGAGCCCAACUUCCACUGCUGGAAUUUGUCAAGCGAAGCUGCCAUGGAACCGUACCUGCAACCCUUCAUGUCUCUCGUUACCAACGUCACCUCGGCCGCCGGCAAGCGUGGGCUGGUGUGGGAAGAAAUGGCGGUCAAGUUCCCCACGGUCGCCAAGACGCUGGCCAAGGGGUCGUUGGUCGAAAUCUGGAAUGAUCCCAACAACUCGGCCAUCGCGCUGAAAAACAACCCCGACGUCAGCAUCGUUCUUGCUCCUUACACGUUCGCUUACCUCGACUGCGGCGGAUCCAACUUCCUCGGCAACUACACAGGCAACAACUGGUGUCCAUAUGUCUCGUGGCAGCAGAGCUACUCUUUCGACCCGGCUGUCAUUGUGGCUAAUGCCACGGCUACGCUGAAGGCGGAUGCCAAACAGACUCGAGAGAAAUUCGUGGGUGGAGAAUCCGCUGUUUGGACCGAGCAGAUCGACGCGACCAAUCUGGAUUCCAAAGUCUGGCCUAGAGCCGCUGCUGGUGCAGAGAUCUGGUGGACCGGCGAGACGGUGGAUGGCAAGAAGAGGGACAAGGUUGAAGCGCUGGCUAGGAUGUUGGACCUGAGAUGGAGGUUGGUCGCUUUGGGUGUGAAGGCCGAACCUUUGCAGCCGCAGUGGUGUGCCACUCGUCCUGGCAUGUGCAACAUGCAUUGA